AUGGGACGUCAAUGCCAGUGUCACUGGCUUUUAUCUUUACAAAAUAUCAAAGAAGUAGCCAGUCAACUAGCCUGGGACCUCGUCAGCUUCUACACUGGCAACAACACCGGCGACGUCCCGGGUAACCUCCCUGCCCCCUACUACUGGUGGGAAGCCGGCGCUUUUUUCGGCACCCUUGUCAACUACUGGCGAUAUACCGGCGACGACACCUACAAUAACAUCACCAUGCAGGCUAUCUUGCACCAGGCCGGAACAGGUGACUUUAUGCCUUCCAACCAGACCCACACCGAGGGCAACGAUGACCAGGCCUUCUGGACCUUUACCGCACUCAUGGCGGCCGAACAUAAUUUCCCCAACCCACCCGAGGACUCGCCGUCGUGGCUGGCCAUGGCGCAAGCGGUCUUCAAUGAGCAGAUCGCGCGCUGGGACGAUCGGACCUGUGGAGGUGGACUGAAAUGGCAGAUCUUUCCCUUCAACAACGGCUACACGUAUCGCAACUCCAUCUCCAACGGAGGGCUCUUCGAUAUCGCUGCCCGGCUCGCACGGUAUACAGGGGAUGCCACGUAUGUCGACUGGGCGAACAAGGUCUGGGACUGGGUCACAGAGACUGGACUGAUCGGUCCGGAAUAUUACGUCCUCGAUGGGACGUACGAGAGCGACAAUUGCUCCGAGCUCAAUCGAGUCGAAUGGACGUAUAACAAUGGUGUCUUUCUGCAUGGAGCCGCCCAUAUGUGGAAUUAUACCAAAGGGGACUCCACAUGGAAAAGGCGCAUCGACGGUCUCCUCAACGCGCAGAGGACCUUCCUCUCGCCGAACAAGUCAUCCGAGAAUGUACUUUAUGAAUACGCCUGCGAGACGAUCAACACGUGUCGAACCGACCAGUUCUCCUUCAAAGCGUAUCUGGCGCGCUGGAUGGGAGAUGUUGCGCAGUUGGCUCCCUGGACCCGCGAUACGAUUGCGACUCGACUGCGGGCUUCGGCCACGGCAGCAGCAGCGCAAUGUGUCGGCGGCAAGACGGGGACGUAUUGUGGAAUGCGAUGGACGACGGGUGAGUACGACGGCACGACGGGGGUGGGACAACAGAUGUCGGCGUUGGAGGUGGUUCAGGCAAAUCUGUUCGAUACGGUCGCGGGGCCACUGACGAAUAGCAUCGGGGGAACGAGCAAGGGGAACAGUGCGGCGGGGAGGGGAUCCUCGGAAGGAACUGCGGUGCCCGGUGAUUCCAGUACGGUCACCAUGGCUGAUCGAGUAGUCGCGUGGGUCGCAACGGGGGGAUUGGGGGUGCUGCUGGGGGGAUAUCUUUAUCUUGUUGUGACAUGA